AUGGUGGACGUUAACCCUGUCAACCCUGAUUUGAUACUUGAUUUUCAAGAAAAUGAAAGGCCGCCGUCUGAACAGCUUGUGGAAUUACAUCUUUAUUUAGUACCAAAGGAAAAAUGGCUCGAGAAGCGAAAACUGGCCAAAAAUCAAGCUGUGGAUCAUACCAUUUCAGUUGGAUUUGUGAGGGUUUUGCCUCAAACAUUUCUCUCUGAUUUAAGAAAAGAAAUGGACAGGCAACUCGGAAUUGAAUCUGUACCACAGAACUACGUUUUCCUUAGAUCUGUUGGUAGGAACUUUACACAGGUUCGUCCAAAGCAGGAAAUGGAAAUGAAAGUGAAGAACUACAUUCCCCCCUAUGCUCCAGAACCGGAACUGUACUUGAAGGAGGGCCACUACACUGGCCCCAGCACUUGGUCUCAGGGGGAGGACAGUGGGCUCGAGGAGAGUCUCGCGGACAGCAACAGUCAAAGAUCGCACGAUAGAGCUACCCCGGAGAGCUUGACCGAUGAGCAGCUCGUUCUCCCCAAAUUAGCCGAUUUCUUGGACGUCCCCGUGCGGCCGGACCUCGAUGAAAUCCGGGCCUGUAUGCCCCCCGGCGCCAUGACAGUUUCCAUGUCGGCAGACGACCUCUCGUCCCCGAGCGCCUUCCACCGGGCCAGACCGGGCGCCAAGGGCCAGGAGAUGCCCCGGAUCCGGCCGCUCCAGCAUGCCAACCACCGAUACAGCACCGAGGACGUCCGGUACACCAGAAGAAUCCGGGAGCACAGCAUCGAAAAAGGACUGCUACUGUCCAGGGAAAACGUGGACGUGGUCAACGAGGAUUACAGGCAGGUGACGAGAGGAGGGAGUUUUAACAGGCGGCAGAAGCGAGGAACGUCUAAAGAACGUGGAGGGACCCAACUACCAACGUGGGCAGAGACUCGAACGACACGUCUGAGGAGGAGUCGGGCUCUCGGGGAACAUACUAAUACAAAUGUUCCACAAAGGGUGAGUUUCGUGAAAUCUUCGAAAAAAUCCGAAACAAUCAAAGACACCCGGCCGCGUCCGGAACCGGACGCAGAAGAUGAAGCGGAAGAAAUGGAACCGGGAAAGGUGCUGAUGGAACGAAUCCGUGCCAAUUCACGGUGCUUGAAAGCCCAGCUGUCUUCACAUCAUUCGAGGAGGACCGUGGCAGACACUGGAACGGCAGCAAAAGAUCAUCUGUCCAGGGAAAGAAGGCACGAGAGUCGGAAUGGAAAAAUUCCUAAUGGUGUCUAUACGGUCCACACAAGAAAAUAUCUACGAGGAGGAACGGCUGGUUUCGAAGACACUGGUGGCUCCGAAAACGGUUUGGCUGAAAUUGAAAGCACUACAGUUAAAUUACUAGAUGAAAAAGGAAGAGAGGUUUCGAACACUGGAGCUGAACCAUUUGCAAAAGAGACUAGCUCUGAAGAACCAGAUAUAGUUCAUCAUCAUACACUAGAUGUUGAUGGCCAAGAGGGUAGGACAGAAGAAUAUGUUUCAGAGCGACAUGAAAACUUCAGUGAAGCUUUAGAAAACAUUUCUGAAAAUGGAAAAGAGUCUCGCGAGUCGAACGUGCAAUCUGACACCGAGGCGAAGGAGGAAAACAACUCAGAAAACGACGACGCAAACAUAACGACAGUAAAAAACGAAAGUUACCGGCUUUCUGAUGACUCUCAAAACAGUAAUUUAGAAUCCAACACUCCAAACGAUUUGGAGGAAGGAACCCUCGUCAACCGAAACGGGAAAUUCACCAUCGAGGUCGAAGUGAAAGAACUGGGCAGCAGCGAGGAAAGUAGUGGAACCCCAGCUCCAUCUUCAGAACUCCACGAGCACAAUUUGACUUCCUUACCUGUUGAUGACACGGGUGAAUUCGACAGUUACAGGGUUUAUUCGGAACAGAACGCUCCCCCUGCAGACGACAUAUCUCAAUACAACAGGAGGCCCAGCAGGUCCGACAUGCCCCGGAACGAUCCCUUGCGCGCGGCCAAACUUCGUCAAAAAGAAGCAAGGGGAGUCUACCUGAGGCGGAUGGAACACAGGAACAGUCAUUCGAACAUUUCCAGAUCGAAUGACUACGGGUUGAACAAUGUGGGUUAUGUAGGAGGGGGAUCUCCAGUCAGACGAUACGGUACGUCGAGGAGCAUAUCCCAGCCAAGACGAAGUGGGCAGCGGAGGCUCGAGAAGUGGAGUUCGACAGCAGCAUCUACGGGGGAUCUCAGAGAGGCUGCUUGGGACUACUCCAACGACAAGGAGCGUCUCCUGGUGAUCUUGAACGAGGUCCGCAGCGAGACUCGGCUUCGGCAGCGGCAGCGGGAAGAGCUGCUCCGGCGCAUCAAGCAGCUGCAGAGCCGCGCCCACCAGCGGCGGGAACAAGUCCGCGAAAUGUGGCGCAAACGAUAUCUCGAAGCCAAGAAGAUUACGCCCCGUUUAGAAGAAGAAUGUUCCAGGCUUCGACAGGAACUGGAGAAAUUGCACCGGGAGCUUCUGGCAAAAGUCCAAGCAGGAGUCUGGGCACUUCUAACAAUUUCUGGCAAGACAGAAAGGCCCUCCAAUAAGCUGAGCUACAAAAUAAUGAUUGCAAGGUUGCUACAAGAAAUUGAAGAUCUUACGAGAAGAGUUGAAGCAACGAGGUUGAAACUGCACACCGAAGUUAAGCUGCGCUCAAUGGCAGAAAAAGAUGUUAGAAAUCUAAGAGAAGAGCUUCUGAAGAAGAAAAUACAAGUUACGCUAACAAGAAACCAAGAGCAAGCAGCACUAGGCAACGGACUGAGACAGCAGUAUUUCAUAAGUGCGGUUUGAAUACUUCUUGAGCCGAGAGCUUUCGUGUGAAAUAAUUUCAGAGAAAUAUGCAUUACUCUCAUGCUUUUACCUAUCAUUUUCUUUCCUAUCAUUCAAGCACAGAGUGAGGAAUGUAAUAGUUUAUAUGAUGCGAAGUCAUGUGAAUUAUUCAAAUGAUGGAAAAGCCCAGAUGCCUUGAAUUAUUUUAUUUUGCAAGUUGUAUACUUUACUAGCCACGUGCAUUACAAGAUUUUCCUUCUUUCUAACGACCAAACGGCACGACCUUAAGGGUCAUGGAUUUGAACAAAAGUCUAGACAUAGGUCCAUUCCCACUGGAUAUGAGCCCAGGUAAUGCGGUUUGACUGCAUAGGCUCUAGUUUGGCAACAAGGGUUAAAAGUUGCUAGUUUGACCCCAGAAAUGCAAUUGCGUUUCCACUGGAAUUUCAGACUUCGACACUAUGUUCGAUCUCUCAACACAUCUGGCAUCCUUUGUUUAUAAAUUGAGUAUGGGGGAGAACACGUAUUUGUUUAUGAACAUUAUCUAAUUUAUUUGAAAAAUCGAAAUAAUCUUGUGUUUUUAUUUUUUUUGUGCAAUGUGCAAUGAAAAGCAGAGCUUUUUCUCCUCUCCCAUUUUUUGCUUAUCAAUGUGAAAUAUCUUGAAUAGCAGACGAUAAAUGUCCAGUUAAAGUAAAUGUUUUUAUUAGUAAACGGUAAAUACUUUUACUAGCAGACGAUAACUAUAAAACGAAAAUAAUUAGUUUCAUUUGCAAACAACAAAAAUCCUGUAGCGUAGUUAAUUUGGUAUUCAAAUUAUUGAAAUUAAAAGUAGAAGCCAAUUUAAAAUUCAGAACCGCUUCUUAAAAAUGAGUAUUCACCUUAAUUCAAAGGUAAGCAAGCAAAUGGCUCAUAAUGCAGAACAGUA